CAGUCAAAAUUUUUUAAUAUACACAGCCCAUCAGAUCUGCAAAGUGGCAACAGAUAAAGUGGAUUGUGCACAUAUAUUAGCAACAUGGAGCAGUAUCUGAACCGACGAGAGAGCUGCUGGCAGCAUCAGCACAGGAACACGGGUGCUGAGAAUAUGCUGAUGCGCCGCAUUUACAGCUCAAUGGGCAUGUUCAACAGUUACCAUUCCAAUUGCAAUCCAGGCACGGCCGGACAGGACACUGGUGCCAUAUACAAUCUGGAGUUCAAUGCUGAUGGAAACAUGGUUGUUGCGGCCACUGAGCGCAAGUGUGUCCUCGUUUUUGAUGCCAUCACUCAAAAGGAAAUCUUCAAAAUUCCCGAUGCCCACUCAGACAGUGUUAAUUGCAUUAAAUUUUUCGAUGAUCGUUUGUUCGCCACAGGCUCCGAUGAUUUUACAGUGGCCUUGUGGGACCUGCGCAACAUGAAACAAAAGAUGCGUGUGCUUCAUGGUCAUUCGAAUUGGGUGAAAAACAUAGAGUACUCGUCCAAGGAUAAGCUGCUGGUUACUUCUGGCUUUGAUGGCAGCAUAUUUACGUGGGACAUUAAGUCGCAGACUGAGCAAGGCUUGAUCUCACAGCGUGUUUUCCAUGCCAGUGGUCUGAUGCGUUGUCGCAUUUCACCAGCUGGAGAUAAGUUGGUUUUGUGUACCAGCAGUGGUUACAUUAUGAUUGUGCACCACUUGGAUCUGACGACAUUACACAAGGAUUUGUGUGGAUUCCGGCCUGGCAUCUACAGACUGAUGCAGCUGGGCGAUCAGUACAUACCACAGGCUGCAAAAUAUGAUCAUGUCUUUUCGAAGUACCAGAAGAAGAAUCGUGUAGAACUAGUGACAGAUUUUCCAGAGCAAAACGAUGCGGAGAUGAUAAUGGCACUACAGAUACAUCCACAGUGCCGCUGUAUGCUGACCAGGAAUGUAAGCUGCGAUGAACAGAGCGAAUGGACUUGCAUCCAUGAUAUUAACGAGGAACCAGAACUGAUUGAUGAUGACAGUAAUGAUGAGGAUGAGCCCUUGACCAAGAAGAAACGCACGCUAUUGGACCAACCGCUUGAAGCAGACCAAGAAGAGCCACCACAGCGUGGUGCACAAGGUCGGUCUCAUGUGCGACGAAUAUUUUACCCGCGUAGAGUGAACGGCACAAUGUCGUUGGUCAGUGCGGGCUCCGAUAGCUUUAUACCGGACAUCUGGGCGGCUGAGGUAACAGUGCAGGAGAGAGCUAUACGUCAAAGUCGAGCACGAAACUCUGCCAAUCAUGUCAGCGGCUACAACUUUGUUUACGCCAUCAGUAGCGGGGUGCUGCCACUGCGCUACUCCUCGGCCGCUCGGUUUCUGGGCGGUGCAGCACGUACACGUGCUGCCCUGGGUGGAGAUCAGAGUACACAGACAGAACCUCCUGCUGCAACCUCAGAGACAGCCGGUAGUCGGAACAGUAGCACCAGUGGCAGCGGCGCUAGUGCUAGUGCUAGUGGGAGUAGUAAUACCAAUAAUGAAAGCACCGUCGGGCCAGAAGUUGGCGCAGGUUUGCGCAUGCGCCCGCUCAGCAACAUCUCAGCUGCAGCUGUGGCAACGGCAGGCGAGAAUGCGGCACAUACCAUAUUAGUGAAUGCUAAGAAGCUGCUGUACUAUGCCUCCGAGACAAACAACAAGCCAGGCUUCAUCAAGGAGCCGGGAUUUUCGGCGGAUGGCCGUGUCAUAUGUUCGCCUUAUGCCAAUGGGGUGCGGCUGCUCGGCUAUCAGGCAGACUGCAGUGACUAUCCCAGCCAGGUGAUGCUGGAACAGGUGAAGCAUAGUCCGCGGCAGCUUGUGGAGUUGGCUAACAUUGUUGAACAUCAGGAUGUGGUGCUUUGUGCCAAGUUUAGUCCACGCGAGCCACUUCUAGUAACUGGAUGCAAUAGUGGCGAGGUGGCUUGGUAUCGGCCAUAUCUCUAAAUGACGAAAGUAAUUUUUAAACUGUACAUUUUUUUAUUAGCUCUAGACCCAUUUCCUAAUUUUUCGAAGAACAUCAACAACAAUGUAAUUGCCAAUAAAUUUUAAUAUCGGGCGAUUACAGAGAACCGAUUAAAUUAAUAUCCAUAA